AUGGAAGAGGUAUUAAAUAACAUCGAAGACACCACAGAUACAGAAAACUCUCCUAUUGCAGGGGCAGAUGUCGUAGAAUGGAAACCAAGAAUAGGUAUGAAGUUUGAAACUGAGGAAGAGGCAUAUGAUUUCUAUAAUUCAUAUGCCGGUCGAGUCGGUUUUAGCAUUCAUAAAGAGUAUUUUAAUAAGAGCAAGAAGACUGGUAAACUGUCAUCGAGAUUGUUAACAUGCUGCAAGGAGGGUUUCAGGGGUGAUGACAUUCGGGACAGUAAUACAAAGACUCCUAGGGCUAAAACACGAACUGGUUGCCUUGCUCGAAUGCUUAUUCAAUGUAGAAUUAGCUACGUUCAGGCCAUUGAUUUGGAAUUGGCUUCUGAUUCAGGAAUAAGCCCUCGCAAUUCAUAUGAGUUGAUGGGAAGGCAAGCUAGUGGACAAGAAUCAGUCGGGUACAUGAAGUUGGAUUUGCUAAACCAUAUAAGGACCUGA